AUGUCAACAACCCGGAUCUUUUCAACGCUCGCACGCAAUGUUACGCCCAGCAGCCGACACAUGCUGCAACGGUGGACAUUACCUGUCGCUCAGCAAGCCCUUCCACAGCUGCGUUCCAAGUCCACACUACCCUCAUCUCUGCAUUGCUCUCUAGCGCAACAAGUUCAGCGGCGAGCCUUCCGCUCCACACUCUCACCCUUCAACGACCAGUCCCGUUGUGCCACCUCCGUCCCUGAGGUAGACCCGACCACCUCCUCUUCCUCAGACGAAGAUACCCCCUCCAUCCCAGUCACAGGCCAACGCACCCCUAUUGGGCAGAUCGAACAACGACUAGCCAUCACAUUUACCUGCACUGUCGACCAAUGUGGACACCGGAGCACACACGAGUUCUCCAAACGAUCCUACACAAAGGGCAUCGUGAUCGUCCAGUGCCCUGAAUGCAAGAGCAGGCAUCUCAUCGCGGAUAACUUGUCGUGGUUUACAGAAACGGAAGACGAUCCCAGAACGAUCGAACAGAUGAUUGAGGCGAAGGGUGGGAAAGUUAGGAGAGGGAAAGUAGGCGAAGGAGACGUGACAGGGGAAACGCUUGAAAUUCUUUCGUAG